ACUGGUGUCACUGCCUGGUUGUUCCCUCACGGUCCGAUCACAGCGUCGUUGGAGUCGGGGAGGCCCUGUUAUUUCACUUCAGCUUUUUAGUCUUUCGCGAUCAAGUGGAGACAAACUCCGAUUUGGUUUGGUCAAGUGCCGUUACAAGUCAGUUUAAACCGGUUAGUUUUAACUUUACGGCUUCAGUUUGUUAAAGAAUGUCAAUGUUUAAGUUAGCUGGCUUGCUAACGGGAGAGCUAGCAGCCAAUGUUGUUUUGAUAAUUUACUAAAACAAGACAGUCUCCAUAUCCAUGAUUAUAGUUUGCAUUUCAGUGCAGUGGGAAAUAUAAUUAGCAGCAUAUUAAUGAUUGAGCUAUAGAGAGAAAUUAAUUUGUUUUAAGUUCGAAUAGCAGCUAACUAGUUAGCCAGUGCUAGCAGCUAUCGACUAGCGUCCGCUGGCUCUCUGGGGAACCCUCCCGAUUGUCCCCCGAACAGCAAAUAGAAACCGGGGAGCUUGUAAAGCUCUCAGCGAACCAGAUCCAAUGCGUGGGAUGAUGGGAACUCAAAGCAGCCCCGUCAAGAGCUACGAUUAUCUCUUGAAAUUUCUUCUCGUGGGAGACAGCGACGUAGGGAAAGGAGAAAUCCUGGAGAGUUUGCAGGACGGAUCUGUCGAGUCUCCAUACGCCUACAGCAGCGGGAUUGAUUACAAGACCACCACCAUUCUGCUGGACGGUAGACGGGUGAAAUUAGAGCUCUGGGACACAUCUGGCCAAGGGAGAUUCUGCACCAUCUUCAGGUCUUACUCUCGUGGAGCACAGGGCAUCCUUCUUGUAUAUGACAUCACCAACGGCUGGUCGUUUGAUGGGAUCGAUCGAUGGAUCCGGGAAAUUGAUGAGCAUGCUCCCGGCGUUCCCAGGAUCCUUGUAGGAAACCGACUUCACCUGGCUUUCAAGCGCCAAGUGCCGACAGAGCAGGCGAGGGCUUACGCUGAAAAGAACAGCAUGACCUUCUUCGAGGUCAGCCCUCUCUGCAACUUCAACGUCAUCGAGUCGUUCACAGAGCUGUCGCGUAUCGUGUUGAUGAGGCACGGCAUGGAGAAAUUCUGGAGGCCCAACAGAGUCUUCAGCCUUCAGGAUUUGUGCUGCCGAUCGAUCGUCUCCUGCACGCCGGUCCACCUCAUCGACAAGCUGCCACUUCCUGUCGCCAUCAAAUCCCACCUCAAGUCCUUCUCCAUGGCCAACGGCAUGAACGCCGUCAUGAUGCACGGACGCUCGUACUCAGUCGCCAACAGCACGGCGUCUGGUGGCAGCGGUGGCGGAAGCAAAGCCAACAGCCUGAAACGCUCAAAGUCCUUCAAAACUCCACAGAGUCCUCCGAUGAACUCGUCCUCCUCUUCCUCAUCCUCCUCCUCUAAAGGCAACUGUAAGAUCUCAUAGUGAAGUAGGGCAGCGAUAUUUGCCCCACUCCCUCGCCCCUCAUUAGGGCAGAUAUUAAAGCUGUUGCUCCAAGACGUCACAAGGCCGAAGACCAUGUAGAGCUCCCAGCUGCCAGAAAUGAAAACAGAUAUGAACUUAUUUGAUGUUCAGGAAUCAAGCUGGACUAGGACUGGUUUCUGUUCUCCUUGCUCUCGCCGGCGCCAUCUUGUGGAUGCUCGAUUACCUGUUCUCUAUCAAGGCGGGGAGGAUUUCCUGGGGAUCAACUAAUGUGAAUCAAGGGUUAUCUCUCACUAGUUAACACUACAGAUGAUUCUCUUCUGUAAGGAAAAAACAAGAUUGUUUACUGGUAUUUAAAGCUGGACUUGAAGUUAUGUAUGUGUGUGUAUAUAUAUAUAUAUAUAUAUAUGUAUAUAUAUAUACAUGUGUAUUUGUGAAGCAGUGAUUUUCAUGUAGAGGAGCUUCUCGUGUUUGUUUUGUCUCGAGUGUUUUGUGUUUUAUGGCCUUUUUGUACAGGGAAAAAAAUGUUGCUUUGCUAUUUAUUCAGAACAUUUUGUUUGAAACAUUUUAAAAUAUGCCAAUGAAGUGGAGUUAAGGAGGAACAGAUUUUAAACAGAAGCUCUUAUUUUCCAAAAACUAUUGAUUCGGGUCCAUUCGUCACUGCACUGUGUCUGGGCUGUUUAAACCUAAAUUGGAUCCGCCUUGUUGUGUAACUGUUUUAACUAUCGACAGCAUGGUUAGUUUUGUUCUCUGCUCGGCUCUUAUUAAAAACAGAACUUGUACAAACGAG